AUGGCCCAUACCCUCCGCCCAGCAACAGCUCCAUACAGCGAACCCCUCCUCCCCCAACUGGACCUCCGCAAUCCCUACUACACAGACCUGCACCACAAGCUCCGCGCCACAGUCCGCGAAUACGUCGACACAAACAUCGCCCCCUACGCCGCCGAGUGGGAAGAAGCCGGCCAAGUCCCCGAAGCCGUGCGCAAACGCCAUUGCGAACUCGGCUAUGCCAUCGUGCACCCGCUCACGAACGAAGAGGAUUCCGCUGGCCUGGCGCUUCCGGGCAAUGUGCCGCGCGAUAAGUGGGAUACGUGGUGCUCGUUGAUUCUGUCGGAUGAGCUCACGCGUGUUGGGUAUGUGGGUGUGAUUUGGGGACUGGGGGGUGGGAAUGGAAUUGGAUGUCCGCCUAUUGCGAGGUUUGGGACGCCUGAGCAGAGGAGGAAGUGGCUUCCUGGUGUUGCUAGGGGGGAUAUUAGGUUUUGUUUGGGGAUUACGGAGCCGGAUGCGGGCUCUGAUGUGGCCAAUAUUCGCACUACGGCUCAACGUGAUGGAAAUCACUAUGUUGUCAAUGGCGCGAAGAAGUGGAUUACCAAUGGCAUCUGGGCGGAUUAUUGUACUGCUGCUGUUCGGACUGGUGGUCCUGGUAGAGCUGGUAUUAGUUUGCUUGUUAUUCCGUUGACUGCGCCUGGAGUGACUCGCAGGCGUAUGCAUAACUCGGGUGUCAAUGCCAGUGGUUCAACCUUCCUCGAAUUUGACGAUGUGCGCGUCCCCGUCGAGAACCUCAUCGGCAAAGAAAACCAAGGAUUCCCUAUUAUCAUGUCGAACUUCAAUCCAGAACGCCUGGUACUUGCCUGUGCAUCGUUGCGUCUCGCCCGUGUCUGCGCCGAAGACGCCUACAACUACGCCAUCCAGCGUGAGACAUUUGGCUCCCCGCUAAUUGCAAAGCAGGCGAUUCAGACCAAGAUUUUCAAGUUUGGGCUCAUGAUUGAGCCGGCUUAUGCUUUCAUGGAGCAACUGGUGAAUAUUCUCGAACUCACCAAAGACCGUCCUUCCGACGAUGUCAAUAUCGGUGGCAUGACUGCCUUGCUUAAGGUCAUGUCGACUAGGGCUCUGGAGAAGAGUGUGAGAGAAGCGCAGCAGAUCUUUGGAGGUGCUGGUUAUAACAAGGCUGGAAAGGGCGCGAGAGUUGAGCAGAUUAGCCGUGAUGCUCGGGUUCAUGUGGUCGGGGGUGGAAGUGAGGAAAUUAUGGCGGGAUUGGCCCUGCGAGAGGAGACGAAGGCGCUUCAUACACGACGAAAGGCGCUUAUGAAGAGGCAAUCUAAAGUCUGA